AUGGUUACCGUCACCAAGUUCCUUGGCCGGUUGCCCCCAAGUGCCAGUUUCUAUAUGCUACGUAUCGAAGCACGUGUGAGUCAGCCCAGGGGACUCAUAAAAAUAGUGCGUUUCUAGACUCAAUAUUAACAACAGCAUUUUUUAUGUGGUUUGUUUUUAUGUAUCAAAUACAUCCCGAAGGUAGCAGUAGUUUCGAUUCUUGUUCUCGCCCUUCCUGUGCGUGUCUGUUCUGUUUAUUUCGCACGUCUUCGCUUUUUUUACUGUUGAAAGUUCUGUGCUCAUUAGGAGUUUGUGAUUUCAACUCUUCUGUUUUUAAGUCGGGUACUUGAUCAUCCUCACUGAGAGCUGCGUUAUGCCUAGGCAGGGAUGACCUCCCCUGGUAACAUUGGACUUGUUUUCUGGCAGCCUCUGCUUACGUUAUUUUGUUAGUUCGUAACUAAUUUUGUUAGUGGGUUGUCUUUCUAGCCGUGACCAGAUGCAUCAGUCCGUUUUCGCAUGUGGUGUGUUGAACACGACCCAGGCAAUCUACCCUGACUCCCCAUAGCCUGUUAAGUGGAAUUCACGAACGCACUAGACCGCGGGGUGCCUCAGACUUCUUAAUCGACAAGUGUGUUGCCACUGCGGACCCAGGAAAAUCAAAGCUGCUACCGCACUGCUUAGACGGUUGUUGACGGAAGUUGAUGAUGGGGUUGUUAUGAAGGAGGUCCAUGUAAUGCUUCCACCACGCUUUCAGCCUAUCGUCAGAAACAUGAAUCCUGCUCUUCAAGGACUGAAUGUUUUCAAGUACAGACAAUCGUUUUCAGGAACUCACGUGGUGGUUAUUUUUUUCAAGGCGCUGUUGGGUCUUUGCAUUUGUCUUGCGCUUCCUGCUUUCCAGCGGUCGUUCUGGUUCACGUUCAGCCGUUGUCUGUUGCAAGCUGCCUCCUCCUUUACGAAUGUUUCUGGACGUUUUGCAUUAAUAGACUCCACCCGCCGAAGGUUUUGACUCAACAUUAAUGGGUCCCGAACUGUGCUGCCUCAACAACCCAUGAUCUUGCUCCCUUUUGUUGAAUCCCAGACGUUUGUGUAGUUUCCAAUUUCAUUAUGAGAGCGCGGUGCGCAUUUAGACGGCGACUCAUUGUUUGAGAUUCGCCACUCGCCAGACCGAGGGGAUUGCUGCCUGCACAUCUCUGAUGUUCCCCUCCAUUUGAUUAUCUAAGGUCGGAACAAUCAACUCGAUGCCUCUUUGAGAGUUGCCAUAUCAUACGUGCCUGUUCAGUUAGCAGAAACAAUGUGGCGAUCACGAGAAAGUCUGCCACAAACUUCGACGAUUCACGUCAGAGGUCGUUUUUUAUUUGGUCAUCAACCAUGAAAAUCAGGUUACAACGCGGACCGAGAGACUAAUGUUGUCUUUCAACUGACUGCUAAAGAUAAAAUAAAAACGAUUUGCAUAUCAACACCGUUUUACAUAGACUCCUUUGCCUUUCAGAUGCUAAGCAAGUUUUUGCUGAUGUCAGCUAAAACGGCAUUAUAUGUCUAGACAUUUGCGUUAAGGAUUACGAGACACCACUCUGCCCCUUUCAUGAGUAUCAGUAAUCUCUGACUUAUUGGGCCUGUGUUGAGAAUUUUAGAUGCACGUCCAGUUUGCCGAUCUCAGUUUUCUGAUAUUGGGUUCACUUAACAGAAGAAAACAGACACCCGACUCUGCUCCCGUACAAACUGUCGGAUAUUACAAUCUCAUGAUCUAACUUCCGUCCGCUCGUUGACAGUAAAAGUUUCCUAACAUGUCCGGUAAAGGUUCUUUCAUCCCGACCCCUGCGUCGUGCUUAAGCUGACCGUAAUGAAUGCUUAAGACUGUUCGUAUUCAGCCCAAAUUUUCUGCAAGUUUUGUAAAGCGUUCGCCUUCGUUGAAUCCUCGUAAAUGCCUCCGAGUAGAUGGGUGCUACAUCAUUUCUAACUACAGUGCUAAAAACAAGGGCUUAAAUUUAGGUCAGGGUGAAAACUGUUGUCUCCCAUCCUGUGUUCGUUUGCCUCGUGUUUUCCAAUCCACUUUGCUUUUAUAUUUACCAAAUAAUUGUUUUGAAUACUGACAUGUUCCAGAAUAUGGAGGACCAAGGAGAACAGUCACCACCACCGACUGAUGGAAGUUUUCCUCAGCCAGCUGCUCUUGGGAGCGAGCCUCAGAUUUUAGAGACACCCGAAGACAUCAGAAACAGGAGAAACCAGGUCCUUGACCGAUACGCAGCGUUUAAAGAGGCGACGGAUGAACGCCGACGACGCCUUGAAGAGGCUAAACGGUGCGGCAUUCUUUAUUGUUCAUAUUUUUAGAUACCAAUACUUUAAACGCGAUGCCGACGAAUUGGAGAGUUGGAUGCUUGAAAAGUUGCAGACAUACCAGAACGAAGACUUCAAAGAUCUUGCAAAUUUGCAAGUAAGUACUUUUUCGCAUCCGUGCUAUCUUAUAGAGCAAAAAACAAAAACACCAAGCCUUGGAAUUGGAAGUGAAGGCCCAGUCGGAAACUCUGGCUUCUUUGGAUAAGAGCGGUGAGGAAAUGAUAUCACAAAACCACUAUGCGUCCGAGAUAAUAAGGGUUUGUUUCACCCUUUUUAAUUAUCCUUCCCUUCCAGAACCGCUUAGAUGAUCUACAUGCUCUAUGGGACAAAUUAAUGGCCAUGUUCCGGGAAAAGUCUCGUCUGCUAAAUCUAACCCUGGAGUACGUGCUGUUUCUGCGCCGGGUGGAUGAGAUCCUGUUUUGGAUUCGCGAAAAGGAAACUUUUGUAACAUCGGAGGAAUUUGGUCAGGAUCUAGAACACGUCGAAACACUCCAGAAGAAGUAUGAUGAAUUUGUGAAGGUAAGGUCCUUUUAGCCUCGCCUCUCCCGUUUACUUUCCGCCUUAACUCUCCCAUGAAUUGGAAUUUCUACACUUAUCAUAGCUAGUUUUAAACUGCCCUGGUGCAUUUCCGAUAAUCCCGCUUGCCGAAUUUUAUUUUUCUGUUAUUGCUCUAUAUGGCAGCCCACUCCUUAAUCAGCUUUUCGCAGGUUCACCCCUACUCCAAUUUAAUUUUUUGUUUUAAGGACCUAGAAUAUCAAGAAGGACGGGCUGCGGAAAUAUAUGUAAAAGCGGACGAGCUUAUUCAAGAACUUCCUGAAGAAACCCUCGUCAUGGACAAGAAACGGGAAGUUCAAGAAGCCCUAGAGCGUCUGAAGGAUCUUGCGAGGAGACGUCAGCAGAAACUAUUUGAGGCCCACGAGAUCCAACGUUUCUUCCGCGAUACGGAUAAAACCAUUUCAUGGAUAAAUGAGAAGUCAAUUCCGUUGUCUGUUGAAGAUUGUGGCCGAGAUCUUGUGUCCGUCCAAGCCCUGCAACGAAAACACGAGGCACUGGAGCGCGAUCUAGCUGCUCUGGAGGACAAAGUCUCGCAGCUCGGUGUUGAUGCUGACGCAUUGUCUGAGAAACACCCCGACUCGCGCGAUACCAUCAAGGGCAAGCAUGGGGCUUUAGCAGAAGCUUGGCAACAGCUAAAGGAUAAGGCUACUGAUAGGCGUCGCCGACUGGAGGAAUCCUUCUUAUUGCAUCGUUUCCUCACUGACUGGCGUGACCUAACACUCUGGAUAGCCGACACGAAGGCAAUCAUAGCUGCUGACGAACUAGCAAAAGACGUUGCAGGUGCAGAAGCCCAUGUCGAACGACAUAAUGAGCACAAGGGCGAAAUCGAUUCUCGUGAGGAAAGUUAUAAGGCAUGUAUGGAAGAGGGUCAGCGACUGGUUGAUAUGGGUCAUCCCACGAGUGGAGACAUAAUUUCUAAGAUGAAUACAUUGGAGCGAGAAAGAGCAGCGUUGCUAGCUUUGUGGGAUGAGCGACGAAUUCAGUUUGAACAGUGCAUGGAUCUGCAACUCUUCUACAGAGAUGCUGAACAGGCCGAAGCAUGGAUGGCCAAACAGGAGGCAUUCUUAGAUAACAAGGAUGUGGGAGAUUCUCUGGACGCCGCUGAGGCUCUUAUACGCAAACAAGAGGACUUCGAAAAGUCUUUGGCCGCGCAGGAAGAAAAAAUCAAGCACUUGGAGGCUUUUGCUGGCAAGCUGGUUGACGGUGGUCACUACGCGUCGCCUGAGAUUGCCAGUCGCAAGGAAGCUCUCCUUCAGCGCAGAACAGCUCUUCAAGAAAAGGCAGCUCUUCGUCACAACCAACUAGAGGACUCGCACCGUUAUCACAUGUUCGACCGCGACGCUGACGAGAUAAAAGCCUGGAUUGUCGAAAAAUUGAAGACGGCUACAGAUGAAAGUUACAAAGACCCAACGAACUUACAGACAAAAGUGCAAAAGCACCACAAUUUCGAGUCCGAAAUCAAUGCCAACCAACCUCGCAUUGAGGACGUCAAAAAGAUGGGCACCGAACUACUGGAGGCCAACCACUACAAAUCGGACGAUGUUCGUGCCAGGAUAAAUGAGUUGGAUGACUUAUGGGUCAAGCUUGUAGAUGCUAUGACCAAAAAAGGCAAAAAUCUUGAACAGGCGAACAACCAGCAACAGUUUGUUCGUAAUAUUGAAGACAUUGAACUCUGGCUCUCUGAAGUAGAGGCCCAAAUUGCAUCUGAUGAUCAGGGUCGAGACUUAAAUAGCGUCAUGAACAUGCAGAAGAAGCACAACCUUAUUGAAUCGGACGUACAAGGCCACCGCGACCGCAUUACGGCCUUCGAGGAUCAAGUGGCGAAGUUCGUUCAGGAGGGCCACUAUGACGCCCCCAUUCUAGAGCAAAAGCAACAGCAAGUGAUGAGCCGCUACGAAGCUUUAACGGAACCUCUCCAAAAGAAGCGCGCUAAGCUUGCCGACUCAUACAAGCUACACCAGUUCUAUCGCGAUGUUGAGGAUGAGGAGGACUGGAUUCGCGAGAAGGAACCCGUCGCUGCCUCCAGCAAUGUUGGUAUGCUCAUUAACUUUUUGCUUUGUACUUGAUGUCAGUUCCACGUGUAACGCGAGUUUAAGUUGCACGUUUUUAGUGGCAUCAGACAAAAAUAAUGCUACUUUUCACUGGCACUUGCCUCGCUUGCAAUUGCCCUUUUGCGGUAGCAAACACAUGUGUGCAAGUGUAAUUAACGUAUUUUCUUGCAGUGGCAUGUUCAUUUAGUCUAGAAUUUAUUUCUCACUUAUCAGGGCCCCUUUUCACUCCCAGUGCCUACUGACUACUCGGGCAUUUUUCACGCGAGAUUUUAAUCGUUAUUGAGCAUUCAUUAUUUUUUUAGGUCGGGACCUGAUUGGCGUCCAAAAUCUGAUAAAGAAGCACCAGGCCGUCAUGGCCGAAAUUGCUGGGCACGAGCCGCGAAUUGAUGACGUGUGUGCGGCUGGGGAGGCCAUGGUGAACGAGGGACACUUUGCUGCUGAUGAUAUUCGCAAGCGUAUUGCAGAACUGCGUAACUACUGGGAUUCUCUGCGCCAAAAGUCGGAAAACCGUCGACAACUCCUUGAGGACUCGCUUCAGGCACAGCAGUACUUUGCAGACGCCAGCGAGGCGGAAAGUUGGAUGCACGAAAAGGAGCCAUUAGUUGACUCUAACGAAUUUGGCCGGGACGAGGACUCUACAGAGGCGCUCUUAAAGAAGCAUGAUGCACUCAUGGCUGACAUCGAGGCAUACGGUUCGACCAUUCAGCACCUCCGCGCUCAGUCUGAGGCCUGCCGUAUGCAGGAAGUCCCAGUAAGUGACAUUCUCGGCAAGCAGUUGGUCAUGGCCCUCUACGAUUAUCAGGAGAAGGCGCCGCGGGAUGUUUCCAUGCGCAAGGGUGAUACCUUAACCCUUCUGAACAGCAGCAGCAAGGAUUGGUGGAAGGUGGAAAUUAAUGAUCGUCAGGGUUUCGUACCCGCGGCUUACCUGAAAAAGAUUGAGGCUCCACUGACUGACAGCCAGGCCCACUUAAACGACCAACCACUCACGAUCGCCGUUCAACAGCAGCGACUGGAAAACCAGUACAACAAUCUGCUUCAGCUGGGCCGCGACCGCAGAGAAAGACUGCAGGAUUCCGUACAGGCGUACCAGCUUGUGCGUGAGGCCAAUGAUCUUCACCAGUGGGUUGUGGAGAAGGAGCUUGUCGCUGUCACUGAGACUAUUGUACCGGGUCGUCUAGAGGAAGUCGAAUGUGAGAGGAAGCGUGUCGAGAAUUUGUUGAGUGAGCAGAAAGAUCGGGAAGCACGCGUAAAUGAUCUGCGUGACAAAGCCGAGAAACUUAAACGCGGUGGGCAGACCGAAGCUGUGGAAAAGAUUGAAGGAAUUGUGAUGCAGUUACAAAAGAAGUACGAACAGCUGGAAGAAGUUGCUGCCAAGAAGGUAAAGGAACUAGAUGACAUCAAUGCCGUCCAGCGAUAUCAUCGUGACUGUGACGAAGCGAAGGAUUGGAUUAACGAAAAAGAUGUUCGUCUGUCGACCGAUGAUGUUGGCAAGGACCUGACCUCUGUGCAAAGGCUCAUCCGCAAGCAUGAUGCUCUAGAGAGAGAUCUCGUUGCCUUGGGUGAUCGUGUUAAACAGCUAGAUGUUAAGGCAGCGGAUCUGGCACAAACUCACCCUCAAGAAGCUGAGGGAAUAUGCAAGCACCAGGAGGAAAUUAAUGGCCUUUGGAAUGACUUAACUGCUAAAGCCGAGAACCGUAAAGCCAAACUUCUGGACUCUCUGGACUUGCAGAAGUUCAUGGCUGACCACAGGUGGGCUACAUCCCCUUGGUUUCCGUUUUGUAACCAUGGCCUUUUAUUUUCCUCCAAAUUUCGAAUCUUGUUCAUAUAUUUCCAGAGAUCUGCAGUCAUGGAUGAAUACCAUGAAUGCCCUCGUCAAUUCAGACGAGCUCGCCUCUGAUGUGACUGGCGCGGAGGCUCUUUUGGAGCGUCACCAGGUAUACUUUUACUGUGGUCUACGAUGUAUGCAUCAUAUGUUUAUCAUCACAAAUUCCUCGUAAGUAAUUGUAACUUUCUGCCUGUCUUUUAGGAACACCGCGCCGAAAUCGAUGCCAGGGCAGGAACGUUUGAUAACUUUGAUGCGUUCGGUCAUGAAUUACUCGAAAACAAGCAUUAUGCCAGUCCUGAGAUUGCGUCAGUUCUCGAACAAACAGUCCAGGCCCGCAAUGAUCUUGCCGAGUAAGUCCUUUCUACCAAACCUCUGCUUGGCGAACACCCCUCAGCCAAUAUAAUUUCCAAACCUUUGGAUAUCCAACCGGUCUUUGUUCAGGAUGCUAGGACUAUUACCACCUCGAUCUUCUCUUUAGUUCUUGGAAAGCCCGCGAAAAGGCUUUAGAACAGUGCUUGAAGCAGCAACAAUUCCUCCGGGACUGCGAGCAGGCCGAAGACUGGAUGAGCAUGCGCGAGGCUACCCUGGUUGGUGAUGACGUUGACAGUAACAAGGUUGACGCUCUGAUCAAGAAACACGAGGACUUCAACCGCGCAAUUAACAUACAGGAGUCCAAGAUAAAGGCUCUAAACAACGCAGCCGAUGCUCUGAUCAAGGAGGGUCACUAUGACGCCGACGGUAUCGACAAGAAGCGCAACGAUGUCCUAACUCGCUGGGCGAAUUUGAAGGAUGCCAUGAUUGAGAAUCGAAGCAAGUUAGGUGAUGUGCAGACGCUACAGGCCUUCCUCCGUGACGCUGACGAGAUGGAAAUUUGGAUCAGUGAGAAGUUGCAAGCCACUACAGACGACUCCUACAAGGACCCAACAAUCAACGUUCAGGCGAAACACCAGAAGCACCAGGCCUUCCAGGCUGAGUUAGCUGCCAACGCAGAACGCUUGCAAGCUAUUCUUGGCGCUGGCCAACGUCUCAUUGAGAAGGGUAUGCACACUUUCGCCGGUCAAAAUUCAAAUUUUGUCCUCAGUAUAUACUGGUAACCGUCACUUGUUUUUUCUACCAUCUAUACAGGCCAGUGCAAGGGUCAGGAGGAUGCAGUGGAGGCUCGUCUUGCGAAGAUCGCUGACCAAUGGGACAACUUGAUCAAAAAGGCGGAGGAAAAGUCAGAUAAGUUGAAGGAAGCCAACCGACAGGCCGCGUACAACGCGGGAAUCAAGGAUAUUGAAUUCUGGCUGGGCGAAGUAGAAGCCUCCCUCGCUAGCCCAGACUACGGGAAGGACUCUGCUUCCGUUGAAAGCCUCCUCUCAAAGCACCAGGUUAGUUCACUAGUCGCAUUUACUGGCAGUCCUUUUUUUCCUCAUGUCAGUUUACUAAGGCGUAAACCAUUAUGGUCUCCCUACUUUGGAAGGAGGCCUUUAGUAGAAAUUUCGGUCGCUUAUAAGGCCAUACCGACCUCGGGUUAUUCGUAUGACUGUCUUUUGUUUGCUCACCCAGUCCAUAUUUGUAGCUGGCCUUGUUAGAAUUCCUGUCUGUCUUCUGUUUAACUGGCCAAUAUAAGCGUCCAUUAGUCAGAUGCAUUAUAAUGACCGCUGUGUAAACAAGGACAUUCAUUUGGAUGACUAUUUUUUGGCCCAAAAGUUAUUUCCAGAAAUUGGCAGUAGGGGUUUCAAAGUGCUCUAAACGACUUUACCGUUCUUAUAGGGAAGGCCUUUAACGAUGUCCCGUGUCCUGACUGUCCUCACGAACUUGUGUUAUUUUCCAGGUCCUUGAAACCGACAUUCAAGCACAUCAGGACCGCAUCGUGGAACUCAAUGCCCGUGCCGAUGAGUUCCUGCAGUCCGGUGCCCUUGAUGCUGACACAAUCAGGGAAAGGAAAAAGAUGAUCAACGAACGAUACGAGAAGAUCCGAGCCUUAACGGAGAACCGGGCUAUUACUCUGGGCAAAGCCAAGGGCUUACACGAUUUCUAUCGCAACAUCGAUGAUGAAGAAUCGUGGAUCCGUGAGAAAAAAAUCCUUGUGGGCUCUGAGGACUACGGCCGAGACUUGAUCAGUGUUCGUAAUCUUCGCAAGAAGCACAAACGUCUGGAAACCGAAAUUGCGGCCCAUGAUCCAACUAUACAACAGGUCAUUCAGCAAGGGAAGGAUUUGAUGACCAGCACCGAGUUGGCUGACCCGGCUGAAAUUCAAAAGCGAAUCGAUGUACGCAUGCUGUGUAUUUACUAACAUGCUGUCUUCUAACUCCCUAACAACUCUUCUGAUCCUAUUGAUUACUAAUUGUCUCGUAGCAUUUGGCGCAAGCGUGGGAGGAAUUGCAAGCUGCAACAACCAAUCGUCACAGGAAAUUGGAAGAAUCCUCCAACUACCAGGACUUUUUGGACGCGGUUGAAGAGGAGACUGCCUGGAUUCUCGAGAAACAGCACCUCUUGGGUAGUGAAGAUUACGGAGACACCCUUGCCGCAGUGCAAGGUCUUCUUAAACAGCACGAAGCGUUUGAAGCCGACCUAAAGGUAUGGUGCUGUCCCGCGCUAGCAUACCAUGCUUUCCUCGAAUCCCUUGCUCACUUCUAUUCGCUUUUUAGGUCCACCAAAACAAGUGCUCGGACAUCUGCACUGUCGGCCGGGACCUCAUUGAGGCCGGGAAUCACAACAAGCCUGCAAUUGAACAGAAAUGUGAAGGUUUGAUGGAGAAGGUUGGCGUCCUUGUGCAAAACGCGGAGCGAAGAAAAGCCCUUCUCUCGGAUAACUACGCUUUACUUCAGUUCAUGUGGAAGACGGACGUCGUCGAACUUUGGAUUGCCGAUCGUGAAGCCCAGGUUCAUUCCGAAGACUACGGGCGCGAUCUGAGCAGCGUGCAAACUCUGUUGACGAAGCAUGAAACGUUCGACACGGCUUUGGAAUCCUUCAGAACUGAGGGCAUCGAGACAAUUACUGCUCUCCACAACCAGCUUGUCCAAUCGCAACACGCCCAGACUCCUGCUAUCAAGCAGAGGUAAACUUCUUCUAGAUACUAAUACAACGUGCCUUUCGGUGGUUUAUUUUCUCCUGCAUUUUGCGUCACCUACAAUCGUUUUCGUAGAUUCAAUGCCCUGAUUGAGCGGUGGGAGCGUCUGCAACGUGAGUCAGACCGCCGUAAGAAAGGUCUGCUGGAGCUGCAGGAGCGCUACAAGCAGGUGGAAAAGUUGUUCUUGGAUUUCGCGAAACGUGCGUCAACCUUUAAUUCGUGGUUUGAAAACGCCGAGGAGGAUUUGACUGACCCUGUGCGCUGUAACUCUCUGGACGAAAUCCGCGCAUUGAUCGAAGCCCAACAGCAAUUCAAAGCCUCCUUAAAACCAGCCGAAGCCGACUUUGAGGAACUUCGUCAACUGGACGUCAAAAUCAAGGAAUACGGGGUAGGUGUCGUCUCAAGAUCACACAGCCGUUUUUAGAACCCAGACGUUGAUGUAUGCCUUUAAUCCAGUGUUUUCUUGACUUCAGGUUGGAGCCAAUCCCUACACGUGGUUCACAAUGGAGGCACUGGAGGACACUUGGCGUAACCUGCAGAAAAUCAUUCAAGAGCGUGACGACGAGCUGCGCCGUGAGCUUGCACGCCAAGAGCAGAAUGAUCAGCUGCGCCAGGAGUUUGCCUCGGCUGCCAACAGUUUCCACCACUGGCUGCAGGUGCGUGUGAUACACAUGUCGUAUGCUUCACGCAUGUUUUGUCGGCUUCAGUUCCUGGGGAUCCCUGUCCUCUGUUCUUCUCGAUGGGGUUUUUCGUCCUCUAUCAUAGAUCCGGAGUCAGCUUAUAUGCUCCCUGCUGUGUUUGCCUUUCAAUUGGACCCGUUAACAUUUCGUUGACUUCGAAUAACUGCUAAUAAUUUUGACUUCCGAGGUCUUAUCGCAUCCAGAUUACUUUAAAUGGUUUCCUUCAAACAUUUAGCUUGGUUUGCGUCGAGCAAAUAGCUUCUACUACAAACUCGUGUCUGCUCAGUGCGAGUCAUGCCGUAGCUCACUUAUGUCGUAAAAAAUGAGGAAAAGGGCGUUUGUUGCCACCCGAGCACCAGUCCUUAAGCAACCGCAUUCUGGCCUGCCCUUUAACUUGUUUUUAUCUCGGACCGACUUUCCACUCCUAGAAUGUGCGCAACUCCCUGAUGGAAAGCUCGGGCACGCUUGAAGAACAGUUGGAGGCAACGCGCGCUAAGUCCGUCGAGAUCAGGGCACGAAAGGUCGAUCUGAAGAAGAUUGAAGACUUGGGCGCUCGCCUGGAGGAACGUCUUAUCUUGGACAACCGGUAUACAGAGCACAGCACGGUAGGCCAUCUUGCCAACUAAAUUGCCUGUUUGCCACGUCUUACAAAUUUGUCUGAAAAUCCCGAGCCGCGUUUGCACAUGCACAUCUCAGCUUUCCAUGCGUCUACUAGACGUUUCUACCCUCAUCUCCUCUCAGGUUGGGCUAAGCCAGGCGUGGGAUCAACUUGACCAGUUGGCAAUGCGCAUGCAGCACAAUCUGGAACAACAGAUUCAAGCACGUAAUGUCAGCGGCGUGAGUGAGGAAGCUCUUCGCGAGUUUUCCAUGAUGUUCAAGCACUUUGAUAAGGACAAGUCAGGUCGCUUGGACCAUCGUGAGUUCAAGUCCUGUCUGCGCGCUCUGGGUCACGACCUACAAUUGGUAGAGGAGAACCAGGUGGACACCGAGUUUGAGAGUAUACUGAACGUGGUGGACCCCAACCGCGACGGUUACAUCACUCUGCAAGAGUUUAUGGCCUUCAUGAUCAGCCGGGAGACCGAAAAUGUUCAGUCGCGUGACGAGGUUGAAGAGGCAUUCCGAUCUCUUACCAAGGAGGGCAAGGACUACAUCACGAAGGCAGAGCUUUAUGCUGUAAGUUAACAUUUCCCCUUUUGUUAUCGGACGUAAGUUCGCAUCCAUGGACACCGUGCGAACUUUCGGCCAUUUGGUUCGGUGGGUUGCUAUUCAGAUAUUUCCGAAAGUUUAAAAUUUGCGAGUGCUUCUCUUGUUUUACCACACCUAAUCUCAUUCGCUAGUCGAAAGUAGAUUACUAAUCAUGAUGGAGUACCUCCUCGUGGUCCCUUAAAUAACCCAUCAUUUUUAGUCAGUAUUACAUCUACUGGUUCGCCGAAUAUCAGUCCGUCCCUUUACUGCACCCAGAGGAGUACCCAACACCAGGACUGCUAUUUUGUCUCCAAUGCCAGCCAAGUGUUGCCUUUUCAGGCUCUCAAAGUAUUUGCAACCAAUUGGAUAUCAUCUAUCCCAUCUAAGUUCGUGUUUUGAAAACAGUAGUCCAAUAUACCCACAAUUGUCAUUGUUGACCGCUACUGCACCUUUUUCCUAUCCGUCUGUGCCACAGUUUUUUUGUCCACGCCCCGGAUAAAUCGUUACUGCGAUCCUGCCCUUCGUGCUGUGCCUAUCAUCACUCUUUGCGCAGAACGCAAUAGGAACUAACCACGAACGCUACCAAAAAGAACUUGGUCACUUUUUAGGUCUUUGUCUAUUUGAUUUCAAUCAGCAACCACAGAAUCAACUGGACAUACCUAGAAAGCUCACGAAACAUUGCGUAUCAGUAUAUAACCUUGUACGAGGCGCUACCAGACUCCCUGGCUCUGUAGGACUGCUACAGGCGUAACCAAAUUCUGGAUGGGCGGGAUUUCUCCCUCCCCCGCCUGAGUUGAUAUUUCUACAGUAGGUGGCAGUGUGUGUGACCUAAAGCCUUGCCAGAAAGUAUCAAUUUUUUGCUUUGCUUUUGUUGGUUUCGUUUUAGGGCUUUCUACUCUCUACCGUUGCUUUCAUGGUUGCACUUUUUUGCUUCAGAACCUGUCUAAGGAACAAGCCGACUACUGCGUUCAGACCAUGCCUCCUUACUACACCAAGAGUGGACAACCAAUCCAAGAUGCCUACGACUAUCAGAGUUUCACCCAGCAGCUCUUCCAGAAGUAGGCUUUGAUUAACUGACCCCGUAAUCCCUUUGGUUUUGCCAGUCAACCGAUGUUUCCUGCAAUCGCCUGA